UCUCCCACAAUUAUGACCCAAGUCUGGAUUCUGAGUUUGGCUUUCCACAACAUAUGUCAGUCAGAUGCUCUGACACUUUAUCAGCCUCCAUAUGUCUCAGCUAAGCCUGGGGAAUCUGUCACACUGCAGUGCCCAUUUGCAGGAAAGAAAAACAGUGGGGAAGAUAUGCUUUGGUACAAGCAAAUACCAGGACAAAUGCCUCAGGAUAUUGGAAUGCAGGGAGCAUGGAUGGAUGCCACUAUUAUUUUUCCUGCGUUCAACAAAUUUGGCUUUAAAGUGGAAAGGACAAAGAGCAACAUUUUUCUGAAUAUUCCAAAUGCUACUACAGAUGAUGAAGGAACAUACUACUAUGGAAUGCUUCUGUCCAACAAAAUUACAUUUUCCACUGGACCCUUUUUGACUGUAUCAGACGACGGAGGACUUUACUUCUGUGGUGUAGUUCUGAUGAAAACCACUGAGUUUUCCACUGGAACCUUUUUAGCUGUGACAGGCAAUCCAAAAUUAACCAUAUCGGUGGUCCAAAGUCCAGUGUUGGGGAGGGUUCCCCCAGGAGAGUCGGUGUCUCUGCAGUGCACCGUCCUCUCUGAGAGGAGAACAGCAGAACUCCGAGUGCUCUGGUUCAGAGCUGCUGCAGGAGACUCCCAUCCUGAAAUCAUUUACACUCAUCACAACAGCAGCCAUCAGUGUGAGAUCAGCUCUUCUCCACACAGCUGUGUGUACAACCUCUCCAAGAGUGUCCUCAUCCUCUCUGAUACUCUAAGUGCUUACUACUGCACUGUGGCCACCUGUGGUGAGAUCCUUCUUGGAAAUGGAACAACAUUGAGUCUGAGUUCGGAGGGACAGCGCUGCGCACUAGCGGACAGAACCACGAUCGUCUGUUGGUGUAACGCUGCUCCGAUCCUGGAGACUACCUAGACUCGUCAUUGCUACAUUAAAGAUU